AUGCCAAACUGCCAAGGUCACCACCACCUCGGCGCCGCCGGUCGGCUUCGUAUGAUUCUGUCUCAAGCAUCUCCACCCAAUCCCCCUCGCCUGCAUCUAAACGAGGGCGAAGCCCCCCACGCGAACCCAAAAGGCGAGGAUCCAGGACUCCCAGCCCAGCGUCGAGAGGCCGAUCGCCAUAUUCCCGCAGCGUUAGCCCUCGACCCAGGAGCAAGCAGGCCAAUUCUCGAAGCCCCAGCCCACCACCCAGAACCAGGCCUGUCUACUCCCGUAGUCCAAGCCCUCCUCCUAGAGAGACUAAGGAAUUCUACUCCCGCAACCGUUCGCCACGCAGCCCGUCGCUCCAGCCGUCACCACCGCGACGUUAUCGCCAACCGUCGCAGAGCCCAGGGCGGAGGAUUCGUUCUCCAUUUCCCAAGCGGUCUCCAUCUCCCCGACGCGAUCGCCGGGCUGCUUGGAGACCUGGAUACGAGCGACGUGCCGAUGAUAGAACAUAUGGUGGCAGGAAUUCGUACGGAAGGAGGAGCCGGUCCAGAUCAAGGUCGCCACCAAGGCGUGGGGAGAGAACGUGGAGGAAUGAGAGCGCGGAUUAUAGGAAUCGUGAUGAGCGAGGCCGGAGGGAUUCGCCCCCGCCAGUGCCUCGUCAGCAGUCUCCAGAGCGCGAGAGAAGUCUGA